AUGUCCAUCACCUCAAUCAGCGGCCUCAUGUCUAGCUAUUCGCCCUUGUCAGGUCGGUCCUCGUCCGUGGAGGAUGAGAAAGAAUCGCACCUCCGACUGAAUCCCGAUGUGGAAGCUGGUGAGAAGCAAGUGACCGAGAAGAAAAGCCGUUGGAUCGAUGGCCGUACUGUCUCCGAUGCCAUUAUUGGCCUGUCCGACGGUAUGACCGUGCCUUUUGCUCUCACUGCUGGCCUCUCUGCGCUGGGCGACACUAAAGUUGUUGUCUUUGGUGGCAUGGCCGAGCUCAUUGCGGGUGCUAUCUCCAUGGGUCUUGGUGGUUAUCUAGGAGCCAAAAGUGAAGAGGAAUCAUACAAGGCGACACUCAAAGAAACUCAAACACAAACCAUGACCGACCCUGCGUCCAUCACUGGUACAAUUUCCGAGAUCUUCGAGCCUUACGAGCUACCAUCUGAACUGGUUUCCCAACUCACCAACCACCUCUCCGCCUCGCCUCUGCUCCCUUCUUUCCUCAUGAACUUCCAACACACACUCCCUGAACCAUCAGAAUCUCGUGCCGUCAUUUGCGCCUUAACAAUUGCUCUGGGUUACUUCAUUGGUGGCUUCGUGCCCCUUCUGCCUUACUUUUUUGUCGGUCCCCACGAGGCCUUCAUUGCUCUCCGCUGGUCUAUUGCUACUAUGGUCGUUGCUCUCUUCAUCUUCGGGUACGGCAAAACCUGCUUCGUGUGUGGCUGGCGCGGUCGCCGAAACAUCCGUAAAGGUGUAGUGGGUGGUGUCCAGAUGGUUCUCGUCGGAGGUCUUGCGGCCGGCUCAGCAAUGGGUCUUGUCAAGGCAUUCUCGAUGCUAGCUGAUGGUGGUCACCCUCACCCAGACCACCAAUGA